AUGGCGGCCAAGGCUUUUUUUCUUUUUCUCACUGCUUUCCUUUCUUGCAGCAUUUUAGCUGCAUCCCGUAGUCUUGGCCAUUCCCGUAGCCUCCUUCAAGCUGCUGCUCCUGCCACUCCUGUCGUUGGUGUCGCCCCUGCCACUCCUCCUGCCGGUGCUCCACCAAUCACUCCUGGCGCCGGUGGCGCACCUGCUGCCACUCCUGUUACUGGUGGACCUACUGUCGCCACCCCCGCUGGAGGUCCUAUUGCACCUACCGGCGUCACUCCUGUCAUUUCUGGUGGUGUUGCAGUUUACGACGUUACAACCUUCGGUGCUAAGGCCGAUAACAAGACCGACAAUGUUAUGGCAUUCAUGCAUGCAUGGAUUGCGGCAUGCAAGAACAGCACUACACCGUCAAAGGUAUUGAUUCCGGCAGGAGCAUUUGUAGCAGGACCAACAGUGUUUGCUGGCCCAUGCACAAGCCCAAAGCCCAUAACAGUCGAGGUGUUGGGAACAGUGGUAGCUACAGUAGACCCGUCUGAAUAUGUCUCUCCCGAAUGGUUUACCUUUGAACACGUUGACGGACUCGUUAUCACCGGCAACGGAGUUUUUGAUGGCCAAGGUGGCGUUUUCUGGCAAUACAAUGAUUGCAAAGGAAAAUCCUCCGAGUGCGCUUCCCUUCCUUCGUCACUAAAGUUUAAUGCAGUGAGCAAUGUGAUCGUCAAUGGCAUUAGUUCCGUAAAUAGCAAACAAUUCCACUUCCAUCUUCAUGAAAGUAGCAAUUUCACGGCCAGCUAUCUGACGAUAACAGCUCCUGGGAACAGCCCCAACACAGACGGAAUGCAUAUCGGGUCCAGCUCUUUGGUGACUGUGUCGCAUAGCGUUAUCGGAACUGGUGACGAUUGCAUUUCUGUCGGAGAGGGGUCUAGUAACGUGACCAUCUUCAACAUUACUUGUGGACCAGGCCAUGGAAUUAGCGUGGGAAGCCUUGGGAAGAGGCCAGAUGAUAAAAGUGUGAAUGGUGUCUCCAUCACAAACUGCACAUUCAAAGGCACCACCAACGGUGCAAGAAUCAAAACCAUGGUGGGGCAAAGCCCAGGAGGAGAAGCCAAGUCAAUCUUGUAUCAAGAUCUUUUGAUGGAUAAUGUGAGCAACCCGGUGGUUAUCGAUCAAAGUUAUGGUACAAAGGCAAUGAGGUUUCAAUCAAAGUCAUUUUGGAAGAUAAGUGAUGUGCAUUUCAAAAACAUAAAGGGAAGCACGACCACAAAUGCUGCGGUAUCCUUGGACUGCAGUAUAACGAAUCCUUGUGAAGGUGUUGAGGUGGCGGACAUCGAUCUGACUUUCACGCCACUUCAUGCCAAUAAAUCAUUCUUUUCAGCGUGUUCCAAUGCUAAAGCUACCUUUAUCGGAACCUUGAACCCACCGGCUUGUUCUUCUACUGCAACUCCUGCCGCUGAUGCAGCUCAUGCAACAUCUCCAGCCGGUGCUCCAACAGCCACUCCUGUUGCCGGUGCAACUCCUCCAACUGCUCUAGUCGGUGCCACACCAGCCACUCCUGCUGCCGGUGCUGCUACUACAGCUGCUCCACCAGCCACUCCUAUUGUCGAUGCUGCACCUGCAACUCCUGUUGCUGGUGGCCCACCAGCCACUCCUGUUGCCAGCAGCUGA